UCUUCCCAGCCAAGCAGCACCUCUGCAGAAAGAAAGAGCCAUCCUUCCAACCCCCUGGGCCAAGACAAAAACGCUCCGGGUGGGUCCUCUCACUGCCACCCUCCUGUUAGAAGGGAGCUCCUCCAUGAGCUCGCUGCAUCUUCCCUCGCCUGCAAAACGGAAAUGGUCACCCACAUCCUUCCUAUGUCAAUGGAUCAGAGGGGCCCGGGAUUUUCCGGAAGCAUGGUUUGAGCUUUGACUCUCCUGUCUGACCUCUCAGGGCCUCAACAGCCCCGUCUUUGAAAUGGGGUUGGUGUCCAGACUUCAUGUCUAGAGUUAGUGUAAAGGCUAAAAGGCAUGAGUGAAGUCGGCUAGCAGAGGGAGGCACACUGGAAAUCUGAGAGGUUUGAAUGUAUUGACUGUGCCCUUGCCAAACCAUCUCUGGGGUCCUUAUGGGAAGCGAUUGGAGACAGAGUCUAAGGAUCGCUCGAAUCCCAGUGCCUCCUCUUAAAGUGCUGUGCAGCCCGAGGCAAGUAUCUUACCCUUUCUGAGCUUCUUCCAUCCCUUCUGUAAAAUGCCUAGAACGGAUGUUCCCUGGGUAUCUCCUACAAAGUCAGUGUGUGUUUCUAGGUGGGCGAGAGAGGUAAAACCUUGGUCUGCCGUUGCAGCCCCUCUUUUCCUAGGCUUGAGGGAGGCACAGUUUUUUUUUCAGAGAUUUAUUUAUCCUGCACUGGAUGUUUUAAAGGGGGAAAUUUCACAUUAAGGGAAAUGCAGAUUUCUGACCGCUCUUGAAAAAAUUGGAACUGGGACCGCAUUCUCUCACUGCCAGAAGCAGCUUCAUUUCCCCACGGUCCUCUUUUGGGUUAUUUCAGUCCGCUGGGCUCUCCACCUGUCUCCUGCGGGACAUUAGAGUUGAAAUCUCUAGUCUAAUUGGUCUCUGAAGUUCCUGAAGGCGUUUCCCUCUAUGGCCAUUAGAGGGCAGUGCAGGCACGCCUCGGUGCCGGCUCCAGGCUGGCGAGAUGCCGAGAGGAUAAAGCAGGUGGUGUCUCCCUCUGAUGCCCCAGGGAGGGGCAGAAGCUGGAACGGGGAGCCCAGCAGCGGUGGGAUGGUUAGGACGCUGCUCUUCCAGGUGAUCGUGUACGAACUAGAGAACUUCCAAGGCAAACGCUGCGAGCUCUCGGCCGAGUGCCCCAACCUGACCGACAGCCUGCUGGAGAAGGUCGGCUCCAUCCAAGUGGAAUCCGGGCCGUGGCUGGCAUUUGAGAGCAGGGCCUUCCGUGGGGAGCAGUUUGUCUUGGAGAAGGGGGAUUACCCUCGCUGGGAUGCCUGGUCCAACAGCCGUAAUAGUGACAGCCUCCUGUCCCUCCGGCCGCUGAACAUUGAUAGCGCGGAUCACAAGCUGCAUCUGUUUGAGAACCCAGCUUUCAGUGGCCGCAAGAUGGAGAUAGUGGAUGAUGACGUGCCCAGCCUGUGGGCUCAUGGCUUCCAGGACCGUGUGGCGAGUGUCCGCGCCAUCAACGGGACGUGGGUUGGCUAUGAGUUUCCCGGCUACCGUGGGCACCAGUACGUGUUUGAGCGGGGUGAGUACCGCCACUGGAAUGAAUGGGAUGCCAGCCAGCCACAGCUGCAGUCUGUGCGCCGCAUCCGCGACCAGAAAUGGCACAAGCGAGGCUGCUUCCUCAGCAGCUGAAAGGCACCUAGACCUCAAGGACCCAGACCCACGCUGUGGGGGCUGCUAGGCCAAGAGGAGGAACCUGCAGGGCUGGGACAAGGGCCGACCUGUGCACCCUUCCCUGGAAUCUGCUCAAUAAAGCCUGGGGUUGGUCCCCCACCUGCCA